GCUUCAACUGUGACCCGAACGCAAAAACCCUAAUCCUAAAAAAUCGAGCAAAUCGCGUCCCCUUCUCUCUCUCUCUGAGUCUCUGGUGCUUUCGCUGCCUCCGUCUCCCUCCCCGACCGCGAAGCUAGCCGCUCGAUCCCCAUGGCGCCGAAGAAGGACAAGGCCCCGCCUCCGUCGUCCAAGCCCGCGAAAUCCGGCGGUGGAAAGCAGAAGAAGAAGAAAUGGAGCAAGGGAAAGCAGAAGGAGAAGGUGAACAACAUGGUGCUGUUUGACCAGGGGACUUAUGACAAGCUUCUGACCGAGGCGCCCAAGUAUAAGCUCAUCACCCCGUCCAUCCUCUCUGAUCGCCUAAGGGUUAAUGGAUCACUUGCUCGGAAGGCAAUAAGAGAACUCAUGGCCAGAGGAUUGAUCAGGAUGGUCUCUGCUCAUGCAAGCCAGCAGAUCUACACCAGGGCGACAAAUACAUAAGUGUCUUAGGCCCCCCUGCAUUUUCAGCUAUAUAGCAAUGGUUGUUUUAUGUCCUGCAUUGGUAAACUACCCUUUUCUUUAUCUCUGGGAUAUAACAUGAUGCAUAUUAGAAUUUAUGAGACAGGUUAGUGUUCUUUGAGAUUUUGAAGAAAUAGAUUAUUGAAGUUUCUGAUAGGCCAA